UCUCUCUCUCUCCCUCCACUGUCAGCCUCAGCACGCCGGAGCUAGACACUGGUGCAACGCCGAUCCAUACAUGCACAUACACAUGUGCUUCUUGGGUGCCUGGUUCUUGAACGCUCCAUAUCUGGUUGUGAAUUAAUGUGCCAGCUGAUCUACAGGAGAAUGUGUGUGUGAACAUCUCUGGAGUGCCUUGUAUGGAGAAGCGUGUGUGCAGAGUAAAAGACAGCGAGAGGAUGCGUGGUGUGCUGGUGUUGUGAUCAGUGGAGUUUUUGGUGUACUAUCGUUGUGUUGUCCGCCUCCCCCCUCCGUCCCAUUUGGUUAUCUUGUGAGGGCAACAAACAUCCUGGUGGGAUGUCCACCUCACCUGGUGCAACAGACAGGAGCCAAAGGAACUCUUAGUUUUUGAGUCGCACAGUGGCGAGGUGAGGGGGAGAUCAGACAACACUCUGAGUACAUACAGAAUACGAUACUGUCGCCUGCUGAGCCUUCAGAGUAAAAGAAACUGCCUGUGAGGGGAGAGUAUCACUUCUUUGACCUGCAUGAUGAUUGCGGGAACAGAUGCACCAAAUAGCACAGCAAGUACAAACUCAGUGGAACUAGAUGCAGAACACCCACAGAGAGUUCCUGGGGCAGAACAGGGAGGGGUCCCACCCCCCCAGGUCAAGCUGAAAGAGAAGCAGAAGUUCUUUGAGGAGGCCUUUCAACAAGACAUGGAGCAGUACCUCUCUACUGGCUACCUGCAGAUCGCCGAGAGGAGAGAGCCAUUAGGAAGCAUGUCAUCCAUGGAGGUGAAUGUAGACAUGCUGGAGCAGAUGGACCUGAUGGACAUGUCUGACCACGAGGCCAUGGAUGUGUUUCUGCACUCUGGGGGAGAGGACAACAGUGCUGCUUCCCCUGUCGCAGGUCCCGAUGCUGAGUCCUUCACCACAGAGAUUAGUCUCCAGGUUCCCACCCAGGCUGAGCUACGACACAAGCUUUCUUCCCUAUCAUCCACCUGCACCGACUCGGCCAGCCAGGACACAGAGGCUGGGGAGGAGGACAAGGAGGAGGAGACUGAGCAAGGAGGCGGUGGUGUUGUGGGAUCCAGGGGAGGAGGAAGGAGGAGAAGGCCCCCUGUGGUGGUGACCCCGGAUGAAGAGGAGGUACACCCCGAUACAGCAUUGGUGGACAGGGUGGGCCGAGUGGACCAGACCAGCAAAGACUGUGAGGGGAGCAAGCCAAAGGUUUGAGGAGAGCUAUACUGGAUUUAAACACAAACAUACAGAGCUGCCAAAUCAGAUACGUAACAAUAUCGACUUCCUUUCCAAAUUCAUUUGAUAUCAAAGGAAAACGUUUAGAAGAAAGUACACUGAGGUUGCACUAACUGCCACAUGACCUUGCCUUAAAAGACCACCUAGUUUUCAGUUUUAAUUGAAUCCUAUAAAAUAUUUAAUUUUCCAUUAACAUAAAACAUUCAACAAGUUAACAUGCACAUUAAUAGUUUGACAUUAUGUAGAGAAUGCCCAAAUAUUCUGAGACCAGGAGAGGCCAGAGUGAGGAAGUACACACUAAAACCAUUCACGUCCCUCCGAGGUCAUUGCAUUUUAUGCUCCGUGCUAAUACCUUUGCAUUCACUGCCCUGACAUACUGCAGCUGUUGUGCAUUAUGACAAACGUAGGUCAUCGUUGAAACUGCUGCAUUAUUAUACAUGUAUGAUGGAGGUUAGAACUACCAAAUACUUGCCAAUAUUAAGAGGCUGCCACCGGAUCUGGAAGGUUUAUGACAUCUUGUUUUUAAAACUUGCUGCAAGAACUAUUUCUUGCUUACAAUACCUGACUGGAAUUGCCUUUUGUAAUUUGGGUGAAUCGACUCUUUUCAUAUAAUAAAUGCUAAACAGUCAGCACAGAGCACUUGACAAAUGAGCUGCAGGGGGCAGAUGAAUGAAUUUUUCACAUUAUAGAUAAGCUGUAUACCCAAAGCUUGUUGCGGUCCUAUGAGAUAUAUGCUUACUGGUCACUUUAUUAAGUACACCUGUACAAUUGUAUGCAAUUCAAUGCAACACGUACAUUAUAUUCAGAGAUGUUCCUAAUUAUUCUAACCCUCUCAUGUAUGUAGCUGGAGAGGACAAUAUACAGAGACACCUCUACAUAUAAUAGUAGUAGUCCAAUACAACACCACCUAGGACCUUGAUAGUAAACAUAUAAUUGAAUUUAUACAUUUAUGCCAGUUUCAAAAACAAAAAUAUUUUUCAGUGUUGCAUUGAACUGCAUACAAUUGUACAGGUGUACCUAAUAAAGUGCCUGGUCAGUUUAAUUUAAAUGUAAAUCAUCAUUAGCUUUGAUGAAAAUGGCAUAAUAACUGGCGGUCACCUGGCAGUGGCUUUAUUUAUGCACAUAGUACUGUAUAGCUGAUGGUGGAGUUAAGGUACCAGGAGGCAAUUUAACACACAACAGACCCACAGGAGCGUUACCCUUUGUCAUCAUUCAUAGUUCGGUGAACCUAUCCUUUAGAAACAAGGACCAAAUCCCUGUUUGGACUGUGUGUUAUGCACUGAGGAACCAUUUUAAAUGUUGUUUUUUUUGUAUAGAAAUGUUAACAUUUGUUCGAUGUGACAGCAUUGCCCAUUCCUUGUUUUCCCUCGCCUACAAUUUCUGACUUGUUGGUAAUAAAUGUUUCUCCCUCAGAACUGUUUAAUUCUCAACGUAGCCUUGCCGGAGUGAGUUAAAGAAUAAAAUGUGUGCAGGAUUUGGAAGGGUCUGAGCAUGUUAACAGUCCCCGUGAGCUCACUCAUGGUUUAACACUCAUGCCUGAGCUCUUUGCAAACGGAAAGCUGACACGGUGAGGGGAUACAGAGUAUUGUGCAGGAGGGAGAGUGCAACUGCUUUCUUUGGAGGAGAAUAUCCUGCUUUUUUCCCUGAAAAAUAAGAAAAGCAAUAUUAGUGACAGGCUGAGAGUAAAUUGCAUUUGAGGGCUAAGAGUAGAUGUGCUUGUUCACUGCACAGUAAAUAGCUGGUGAUGAUGCGUGACAGCCAAUCCAGGGCACUUUAAUUAAGGUUGUAAAGAACCGCAGGGCCCUCCGAUGUUCGAGUGUAAAAUAGUGAUAAGCUCUGGGUCAAAGGAAUAUAGGAGAGCAUAGGAGAACUGGCAUGCUGCUCACAGCGUGGCCCGUUUGCAUUUUUUGCUCAUAGAGAAUGGAUUCUUUGGAACAACUUUUCCCCAAAUAAAUAGUUCCAAUAAAGUUUGCAGUGAGAUUGUGGAUUGCGUGCAUGGCUAAAUUAGGACUGAUGCUAAUGAUUAUUUUUCAGUUGAUCGGUUUAUAACAAGCAAUAAAAGAAAAAGUCCAUCACCAGCUCCCAGGUGAUGCCUUCAAAUUGCUGUAUUUACUGUAAAAUAACCUUGAGAAAUCCUGCAAAUAUUUACAUUAUCUUAAAAAAAAAAUUAUCAAAAUGAACCGUCUGUCAUCAGUUAAUUGGCUAAUCACACUCACAAGAGGUAAGUGAGAAAACAAUCUUGUAAUUUGGCUUAAAUGACCAAAGAACUUGAAAUCUAAAUUAUGAAACCAAUUAUUUUUGAUGCCAUGUAAAAAGUGUGCACACAAAGAGAGAGACAAGCAGGUUAGAAAGAAAUGACAGUGAAUUGUCAGUAAGUUUUUAUUAAACCUUAAGUACAAACUGCAAAAGUAAAAAACAGUCAAUAUAACCAACAUGACUCUUUCCGAGUGGAGGGAAAGGCCAAGAUGCGGCACUAAUAAAUUAAGUCACCAGAAACCCCACUGUGAGCAAGUAGUUUAUAGAAAAUGGAAGAAAUAAACAAUAAAAGAACAGAAAAAACAGAUCCCCUCAGAAUAAAAUAUAUUGUACGGCCAUAAAAACUUGACAACCACUUUUUUUUAUGUUGAAAACACCCAACUUGGUAUUUCAUUAAAUAGUCCUAAAACAGUUCAGUCUGCUGCGAGGGACAACGACCAACAAAUUGGAUUAUAGGAUUUUCCUUGACAGUCACCACUGGCAAGCUCAGUGCAACAUGAGUAGCUACUACAUUUUUGUUGACUUUUCAGUAAUGAAAAUGUAAAAACCCAUUUUUUAGUGAACAUAUCUUUUUUCCCUUUUCUUUAAAAAAGUAAAGCUAAACAAACAAAACUAGGUUGGGGGGCAGUCAUUGGCUACUCAAUAUCUUCUUUCUUAGUGAUAUAAGCAGCACUUAAAAUUUUUAUACACGUUUACCAGAGCAACCCUGUAAGCAUCAAACCUACAUGGAUGAAGAAAGGGAAAUGUAAGGCUUUUUCUUCAUCAAACACUCCUCUGGAACAACUUCUCUCUUCUCUGUUCCUUCCUUUCGUUCCGUCUUUCUUCCUUAACCCCAGAAAAAGGCUCAGGUAUCGAAAGAAAUUUACAGGAUUAUGUACAAAAAAAGUUAUUCUGUUUGUGUUGGAUUAAAAAUGACUCAUAUCUCAAAGGGAAAACAAUGCAAAAGUCAAACAAAACAAAACAAAACCCAAAGGCCAAGGAAAAAAAAUUGGAUUUGACAUUUCACAUUUUACACUCUUUGACUAGUGGCUCUACUUGAGAUAACACAUCAAACCAACAAAAGUAAAAAAAAAAAAAA